AUGACAUCUCAAGAUAGUACAGAGAGCACGACAUCCACAUCUCGACCGGCGAAAGAGGAGCAUACUCUUUAUCAUAUGUUACCCGACGUCAUCCGCAUAUCGUUUGAAGAAGCCGUCCGGGAUGUUGCCCUGGAUGGUUGGGAAGAUGAAUGGCUUUCGGCUGGUCAUUUCGACGCCGAGAAGCAUGGCCCACUGGACGAGCCGAAGAUCGAUUUCGUCUAUAACUGGGUUAACGGAUCCGACGAGGCCUUCAAGAAUAUCCGGCAUAGCUACGAGCUAGAAUCGCCUCUCAACGACCGAGACGGAAAGUGGAUAUCGCAACAUAGCAUCAACCGAUAUCGCGACUGGGACGAGUUGAGAUACUCAUUCCGUAGCCUCGAUGUCUAUGCCAAGGGGUUCGUUAACAAAAUCCAGCUUCUCGUCAACUCGGUUGGUGGGUCAUAUCAACAGGACGGCACAGAAAUGCGUCCUCAGAGGCCGACUUGGCUUAGAGACGACGACGAGACCAACCAGCACGUACAGGUUCUUAGCCACGAGUCCUUCUUCCGCGAGACAGAGAAGGAAUGUCUUCCCACCUUUAACUCCCUCUCGAUCGAAUCCCAGAUUUACAUGACUCCAUCGUCGACAGACCAGCUUUUUGCGUUAUCCGACGACAUGUUCCUAGGGAUGCCUCAUGCCGCCUCCGACUUCUACUCGCCUCUGUUUGGCCCGACUAUGGGCUUCAAAAGUGAUCAUUAUAACGUCAAGCAGCUCGGAGGUAAGGGUCAGAUACCAUCAUUCGGCGAGAAACCAUUCGUCUAUUAUACCUCGUACCUCCUCAACCAUCGAUUCGGCGAACGUAACCGUCACGUCCAGGCCCAUUUCGGACAUUCAGUCUCGAGAAGAGUGAUGAAGGAGGCGAUGGCCUCUUUUCCUCAGCCAUCAGCAAGGGGUGCAUGCGAGCGAUUUCGUGGCGAGUCACGAUUCCAAAUAUACCCUUGGUAUGCCAGCUUCCACUAUACCAUCGAGAGGUUUAGAGAAGCUUUACUCUGGUCCUUCGUUAUUUCUCGUUCGGACAAGAACUCGGAUGGGUACCUCGAUUGGACGGAACGCCAGCGUAUAAUGGAGGUUGUCGAACCGGGAUGGCGUCAGCUAUCUACUAACGACGCAUCCAAGCCCGCUGCGCAAAGUCCAAUAAGGGAGCGGAUGUACUACAAGCUUCCGCAGAUCCUCCAGAAGGCAGGGCUCCAGCCACCUCAAGCAAACGUGAACGUAUUGUGGACAUCCCUCGACGGACCUGAGACGAUUCGUAAUGUUAAAUGCAACGAUUUCAGUCUCGACAAGUGCUUUGGGGACUCCUUCGCGUCGUCGCUCUCAGAUUCGACCUCGCCAAACCCUGAUUUUACGGCGUCUAACAUCUUCUCACGCCUCUCGUAUCAGCGGCCAGAAUGUGGCGACUGCCUGAUCAAGUUCUUACUGGCCUCGCAGCCGCGAGGACUAGAACCCUUGCUGCCUCCCAAGGCUACAAAGCCGCACGAGCGCGAGAUGAUCAUCAAGGCGCUCAAGAAGUACCAGCAUACUAUCAUCGACACGGACGCGAUGAAGUUCGUCAUGGUGAAAGAUGCGGAACAAGCAGAAGCGGAAUUGCUAGAGCGCACUAUUCGCAGAGGCAAGGGGUACGGUCAAUGGUGUCUCAACGACGACGUUAUGACCGAGAGCGAGGAGCAGGUCGGCCGCGUCCGAGAUGUCAUAGCACAGGUCUUCGAGGACUUGUGGCCCCUCAAGGGGCGCUGGGAAAAGGGAAACUGA